AUGGUCAAGCGCACCGCACAAGAAGCCAACGUCGACGAGCCUGUUCGUCAGACUCGCCGUGCCUAUUCCCAGUCCCUGCAGGGCGGGGCUACCCCUCCUCCCCUUGUCGAUAUCGAAGCCUAUACCCGUCACGCUUUCCAAGCCCAGCAAGAAGCAUCUGCUCCUCUCUCUGCUCCUGUUUCUGCAUCUAUCCCUGCUCAGAAUUAUGUUGCCCCCAAUUUGUAUCCCUCCUCCUAUGUCUCUCAAACCCCCCAGCACGAAGGAUUCUAUGCUGCUCCUGGCUCUGCUCAAUCCUACUACGAAGCCGAUGCCGAUCAACAGCGAGAAGAAUUCGGUCUUGCUCCUCUUUCUGCUCAAUCCUAUGUCGAAACCGAUCCCUAUCCCUAUGGCAAUCUCCUCACUGAUCCCUAUCGCAGUCCCUAUGCCCACCUCCCUCAAUCACAGCUGACCUCUGCGCAGCUGUACCCCCAAGACCUCGAUCCAGAAACCGCUGACAACGGGACCCUCCAAAAGCCCGUUGAACAGACAGAACUGGAAACAGGAGCUGGUGGCUACGGGCAGAGAAGCGGUAGAGCACAGGGAAAGUCUCGUGCGGCUGCCAGUAAGCGCGUAAACCAGCAGUCCCAGGCGAGCAGGAACUCGCGGCAGUUCAGGGAUGCGUACCUUCGCGGUCCCCUGUCUGCUCCUCUUGCUCCCACCAGUCCUUUUGCCCCGGAGCCUGCUCCUGCUCAAUUCUACGGGCAGGAGGGGGAGGCUGGUCCGCAGGACUAUGAGUCGGACGGGGAAAGAGAGACUGGGCCUGGUCAUUGGGCGUAUGGGGCCUCUACUACUCCGGUUGCUCCCGUUCCUGCUUCUGCCUAUCCUCAGGCUCCUCAACCCUAUGGGGAAGAGGUUGAUUUUAUUCCGGCUGGGCCCAAUAAUUGGGUACAGGUUGAGACUGAGGAUGGUAUCAAGAACGUGGAAGUUGACGUGCGCGGUAUCCCUCUUCCCGAGGGUUGGUCGGGGUAUAUCAGUGCUGCGGCAGAUUGGAGUUUGGAGGACCCAGAGGCCGAGGCGGCUCGCCUCGACGCGGCUCACGAGAUCAUGAAUUGCCUCAACGCGGAUGGUAGCGUCGGUGAGACCGUCGGUGACAACGUCGAAGACAACGACAACGGCACCGUCGAUGACGACGUGGCCGAUCCCGACGCACCCAUCCCCGACGAGGAGAGCGAAGGGGAGGAGCCGGAAGAGGAGGAGGCGGCAGGGACGAAGAAGAAGGGGAAGAAGAAGAAGAAGAAGAAGGGGAAGGGCAAGGGGGGCGAGGGCGGCAAGCGGAAGCAACGCCGCAAGAAGGCGGAGGACGAGGCCGAUCAUUCGGCCAUAAUUCGAUCCAGGCAGCAAUUUAUCGAAGAUACCAUCCAGGACUGGGAAGAUAAAUGCAACAAAUUUACUGAAAAGAACCUCGAGGUUCCCGCCGAGCUCUUGAAGGUAAAGCCCAAGUCACGGACGGGCACAUCGUGUGAUCGCUGCGUGGUUCUGAGACUUUCCUGCGACUCUGACCCCUGGUGUUGCAGCAAUUGUCUCAAUGUUAAAAACGGUCUAGCAACGUGCCAAUGGACCUGUAAAAAUACGAGUUGGACCUAUAGACGGGGCGAAGUUGAGCGCCAGGCCGCGGACUUUCUGGACAUGCUCAGUUACAAAAACAGAACUAUAGAUUACCUAUUCUACCAGGCUACUGAGCAUCAAAAGGAAAUCCUGGCGAUGGACAAAGCAAUCGGCCGAUUGUUCGCUCUGUUCCAGCAAGAGCUAGGUCUCUCGUCCGAUGAUGUAUAUAAUAUACUGGCGACCUCUCGUAUCGAAGCGAUCGAUUAUCCCCUCGAAUGGGAUGGCUUGACCGGCAUCGAGAACCCCCUAGGCGAGCAGCGCGGUCUCGAUCCCAACAUGGUGGCAGGUCCGAUGGCGCAACCCGCGAACAAUCAACUCGCAGCUCCUCCAGUGCCUCAAGGACUUCCUCCCCAUGUCCAGGGGCGUGACAACCGUCGCUUGCAGUCGCCUGCCGAGAUUGCGGGUCUUUCGCACGUCAACGACCCCAACAUGCACCAAAUGGGUCAAAUGCGAAGGCCUGCCGUCAACGAUCAACUUGCUGGCCAGCAGAGCAUGGCCCCUCCGAACAUGCCUGCCCAGAGUCCUUACCAGGCUGUUCAGCGCCAAGUUGAUCCUCGGUCCGUUGGUUCUCAUGCCGGCAUGCUCCCUCCACGCGACCAGUACCCCCUGAUGGAUAUGCAGCCCACGACAAUUGCAGCUGCUGCAUACGCCUCGAUGCAUAUCGCCGCCAACCAGUUCCAGCAGCGAGCAGUGCCUCAGCAGACCAUGCCUCCUCAGACUUCAGGCUUAGGUCUCUCUGGCCCCGCUGACCACUGGAACAACCUCGCAGCUCAAGCACCUACCGGGGCUUACAAUUGGCCGGGUCCAAUUCCUACCCAGCCUGCUAAUCCCGCCCCGGUUAGGAACGAAUUUGACGAUAUGCUCGAGGAAGAGGGGGUCCAAUUCCAGGGCGACGGCCCCGUCGGAGAUGACGAGGAAUCUCUCCACGAUGAGGGCCCGAACCAGAACGACGAAGACGACGACGACCUAGCUUCGGAGUCGGCAGAGUACACUAGGACCGGGGAGGAUACUGACGGCGUCCCCGCUGACCCAACCCAGGUUGGCGCGGAGCCUCAGGCCCCCGGUUCUUUUGACCCUAGCCAGACCCAGCUAGAUGAAUCGCUCGUUGCUAGCCUCGACCUAGGCUUUGUGAAUUACAUCUUCGAUCAUCAGACCACGACCGCGGGUAGCAAUAUGCCCGCGGGGGAAUUGCCUCGUUUUGAAGAGUCGACCCGUGUCGAGGGCUCGACCCAUGAUGAAGAGCAAGACCCGUCGAAGAUGCCCACCUGGGAAGAAGCUCAGCAGCCGCGCGACGAGUCGGACGAACAAGCCCCACUCGCGGCGCAAGCCGUAGUCAACGAGCCGUCUUCUGGAAACGAGCACCCAACCCUGGACGACGCUCAAGUGGAAGCAUCUUUGGGGCUGGCAAACUUGGACGACCUCGACCUCUCAAACCUACCACCUGCCUUUGACAACGAACUCCACGAUCUAUACCGCGGAUUGACGGGUCAGGGCGAGGAAACCGAGGGUCGUCCCACCGAGCCAGCCCAUGAAGAUGUGGGAUAUCAGGACCUUGCGCCCCAGGUGCCUUUCGACACCCCGGCACCUGCAGAAUACAUGGGACCCAUUGAUGAUGUCGAUGACAACGCCUCGCUCUUCGCGGGAGUCGCAGGCGACCCCGUCGACGAGCUGGACGUCACUGGGGCAUUUGAGGGCCCCAUAACCGCGCAAGGAGCAAUCGGCGCGCAUGAGAGGACGGUCGUCGACAGCGACGACGAUACCAAUGCCACCGACGCUUCCGUCGAUAGUCUGGCUGCCCCGAACAAGAGGAGAAAGAGGUCGCGUCAUGAGUCUCCCGCCCCUCGUGAUGAAAACCCGAGGGAUAGGAAGAGGCCGCGUCGUUAG